AUGAGCGAAUCUGAUCUCGAGAGUGUGGCCCAAAACAUCGACAAUAUCUCUAACAACCUCAAGACCCGCGGGAUCGGUGUAAUUGCUGAGGCAUAUGAGCAAUAUCAGAAAGAGGUGGCAAAGGCAGAGGCCUUAGCAUACAAGGGGGAGGCAGGAAAGGUUGUCAUGGAUAAGAUCAAUGAAUUAGCGCAGAUCUUUGCCCAAGUGACACAGAACGAUAUCAAGGAAUUGCCCAUGUUCAUGAAGGAUUCAGAGGCGUUGAAGAAGACAGCGGCGUUUGCUGCGUUGAACGCUGAACAUAUACGGUUUGGAGACUACAGCGAGUCCAUCACUGUCGAAGAGUUUGUUGAUGCUGCUAAGAAGUACAUGAACCCUGAUCACUUUGAGGAAGGAGAGAGAGCGGUGGAGGAAGCUGUCAAUAGUGACCAAGCAGCGGCCAAUGAGUUAUUUAAUUCGUUUGACUGGAGGAAGUUGGGCACGAUGUUCUACCUGUUGGGGUAUAAGCCUAUCCAGUCGCAGUUUCUCUACGGGCCUUUGGCUACUCAAAGGAGGAGAUUGGGUCCCAGAACAAGGAAUGUGGAUGAUACACUAAAUACACAGGGGAAAACCACAGCGCAGAAGGUGUCGGUGGAGGAAAUCCAUACAGACCCAGAACAGAGCACAUCUCAUAUGGUGAGAAGCAUAUACAGACAAUUGGUGACGAAGAGCGCCGAAGAGAAAUUGAAUUUCUUCGUAUUCUUCUUGAACCCAUUUUCAUUCGCGCAGCUGGUGGAGAACUUGUUUUAUAUUAGUUUCCUUGUCAGAGAUGGAAAGAUCCGUCUAGAUAGCGACGAAGACGGCACCCCCUAUGUGGAGGUGCUUGACGAGGGAGAUACAGCUGACGACGGUGCUCCCAUUUCACAUCAUAUUGCCACUUUUGACCACACCACAUGGAGGCAGCUUGUUGCUCAGUACAACAUCACCGAGCCUUUCAUUCCUCAUCGGGAUGUUCCUGAAGACGAGGAUCUUCCGUCCACCCCGUGA